UCGAUAUACGUUGGUUGGAGGAAAAUCUCGCCUAGAAAUAUCGUCGCUGAAGCAGCCAGCCAGUCUUUGUUGAAUAUGCCAAGCUGACCCCUAUCUACACCGUUUGUCACGCUUCCUGUUUUUAGUGUAGUUUCAAUCAUUUUUCCACGAUACAUCUGUUUUUAUUGUCUUACCAGUUGAUGUUAUCACAUAGAAACGCCGUUGUGUGACAGAAAAGUGAAAGCGACGGGAAGGCUGAACGACUGUCGAUUUCCCUAAAUCAAGGAAAUUAGAAGCCGGGAGACAGACGAAAGGAUUGUUAUUGUUUGCAGCUGGUUGGGGACAGAAUAAUAUUCAAAAUGGCCGAUGUCGACCCCGAAACACUUUUGGAAUGGCUACAAAUGGGCCAAGGCGACGAACGAGACAUGCAACUUAUUGCACUAGAGCAACUUUGUAUGUUGCUAUUAAUGUCAGACAACGUUGACCGGUGUUUUGAAAGUUGCCCUCCUAGAACUUUCCUCCCAGCAUUGUGCAAGAUAUUUCUGGAUGACUGUGCUCCGGAUAAUGUACUGGAAGUAACAGCAAGGGCCAUCACCUAUUAUCUGGAUGUAUCUGCUGAGUGUACCAGACGUGUAGUAGCUGUUGACGGCGCUGUUAAAGCAAUAUGCAACCGACUUGUAGUAGCUGAAUUAUCAUCGAGAACAAGUAAAGAUUUAGCAGAACAAUGUAUAAAGGUUCUGGAACUGAUGUGCACUAGAGAGUCUGGUGCCGUAUUUGAAUCUGGUGGUCUUAACUGUGUAUUGAUGUUUAUAAGAGACAAUGGCAAUCUUAUACACAAGGAUACGCUGCAUUCAGCUAUGUCUGUGGUUUCUAGGCUAUGUGGCAAGAUGGAACCCAGUGAUACCUCAUUAGAAACCUGUGUAGAAUCAUUAUCCCAAUUACUGAGACAUGAAGAUCAUACUGUUGCUGAUGGAGCAUUGAGAUGUUUUGCAUCAUUAGCUGACCGCUUCACUCGACGAGGUGUGGAUCCUGCUCCACUGGCUAAGCACGGGUUGAUGAAUGAGCUACUGUCACGUCUCUCUAGCUGUGCCGUACCUGCGGGUGGUUCAGCUAAAACUGGAACUCCAGGGGCUUUAGCUAGUGCUACGCCAGAGUCAAAAAGCAACCCCAAUGUGUCUACUAUUAUUAGUUUGUUAUCUACAAUGUGUAGAGGUUCCCCGGGAGUUACACAUAAUUUACUUAGAUCUGACUUACCAGAAGCAAUAGAGAAGGCUUUACAAGGAGAUGAAAGAUGUGUGCUAGAUACCAUGCGUCUAGUAGAUCUAUUAUUGGUGCUUUUAUUUGAGGGCCGAAAAGCCCUGCCCAAAUCUAGUGUUGGCUCUGGUAACCGGAGUCUACCAGGUUUGCGACGUCUUGACAGCUCAGGAGAGAGAUCUCACCGACAAUUGAUAGAUUGUAUCCGUAGUAAAGAUACUGAUGCAUUAAUAGAUGCUGUAGACACAGGAACUUUUGAAGUGAAUUACAUGGAUGAUGUGGGUCAGACAUUACUUAAUUGGGCCUCAGCGUUUGGAACUCAGGAAAUGGUGGAAUUUUUAUGCGAGAGAGGUGCUGAUGUGAAUAGAGGUCAAAGGUCAUCCUCACUACACUAUGCAGCCUGCUUUGGUAGGCCUCAAGUUGCCAAGACCUUGUUGAGACAUGGUGCUAACCCUGAUCUGAGAGAUGAAGAUGGUAAAACACCUCUGGAAAAGGCAAGAGAACGAAAUGAUGAAGGUCAUAGGGAAGUUGUACAGAUACUACAGUCUCCUGGUGAAUGGAUGGUGCCAGUUUCAACCACAUCCACUGAAAGGCCAACAGCCACUCUGGUAGAAGGUGCAAAGAAAAUAGAGAUUGAACCGGAAGAUGGUGAACCUAAAGAUCCUGAAAUGGCACCAGUUUAUUUGAGAAAGUUGUUGCCUAUAUUUGCUCAGGUCUAUCAAAACACCAUGUUGCCUUCUGUCAGGAAAGCUACAUUAGCUUUGAUUCGUAAGAUGGUACAUUACAUUCCUCUUACAUUGUUAGUUGAAGUUUGUGAAGAAGAAGGAAGUGGUUACAACUUUACCUCAGUCUUGGUAGAAGUUUUGGCGAUUGUCUUAGAUCAUGAUGACGACGAUGAUGGACAUUUAACUGCAUUACAAAUAAUUGAUGAUUUAAUGAAGAAAGGAAAUGAUAUAUUUAUUGUACAUUUUGCAAAGUUAGGGGUCAUAAGUAAAGUAUUUAACUUAGCUGGACCACCAGAAGAACAUGAAGAUGGAGCUAUUGCUAAAGAGCAGGAUGAAGAUGAACCACAGUUAGAAGAUGCCAAAGAGAUUCUGCAGGGUAAACCAUAUCACUGGCGUGAGUGGUGUCUUGCACGAGGCAGAGACUGUCUAUACAUUUGGAGUGAUGCUGCUGCAUUGGAGUUGUCUAAUGGCAGUAAUGGAUGGUUUCGCUUCAUCUUAGAUGGAAAGUUAGCUACAAUGUAUUCAAGUGGCAGUCCAGAAGGUGGCUCAGAUAGUUCAGAAAGCAGAGGUGAAUUCUUAGAAAAACUACAGAGAGCAAGAGGACAGGUAAAGCCUGGUACUGGAAGCCAACCAGUAUUAUCAUCAACCUGUCCAACUAAACUAGUGGUUGGUAACUGGACAUUGUCUUGUCGUAAAGAAGGCGAACUCAUUAUACAGAAUUCGGAUGGACAACAGGUGCAAGCAACUAUUUUACGAGAAGAGCUGCCAGGGUUUAUAUUUGAAUCAAACAGAGGAACUAAACACUCAUUUACUGCUGAGACUUCAUUAGGACCUGAAUUUUCUACUGGAUGGAGUGGCAAGAGAGGGAAAAGACUGAGGUCAAAGAUCGAGGCAGUUAAACAAAAGGUGAAGCAGAUAGCCCAGCAGUUGUAUGAGAAAUAUUUCCGAGCAGCGCAGGCAUCUCCACGUGGUGUUGUGUCUAAACUGAAAUCUAUUGUAUGUCAGUUAGAAGCGUCUUGUGAUGCUCACAAUGAUCCCUCUAAGUCACUGGAGGGAGAACAAAGCUGGUCAGAACAGAUGAAGACAGCAUUAGAAUCUCUAACUCUCUUAUUAAAAGAUGAGAACACAUUGUCAGCCUACGAAUUGCAAAGCAGUGGUUUGGUACAAGUCCUUCUUAGGUGUCUCAACAAUACUUAUGAUGAAGCCUGUUGUAAUAAUAGAAUUAUGGAGAGAAUAGGAGUGUUCAAGGCAGCAUUUCGUGACAGUGAUGACGUGGUGGAGGAUGAUUUUGAAAGUAGUUUGCAGCAACCAUCUGUUAUGUUGGUUCGUAAACUCAUAGCAGCUCUGGAAUCAAUUGAGAAACUACCUCUCUUCCUAUAUGAUGCACCAGGUUCUGGAUAUGGAUUACAGGUAUUAACAAGAAGACUCAGGUUCAGACUAGAAAGAGCUGCAGGUGAGACUGCCCUCAUUGAUAGAUCAGGGAGAACUUUGAAGAUGGAACCACUUACCACAGUUGGUGCUUUAGAAAGAUAUCUGCUAAAAAUGGUGGCAAAGCAAUGGUAUGAUUAUGAACGAACUACAUUUUCUUUUGUCAAACGUGCCAAAGAAGGACCGACAUUAGUAUUUCGACAUCAGAGAGAUUUUGAUGAAAAUGGUAUUAUUUACUGGGUUGGAACAAAUGCUAGGUCUGCAUAUGAAUGGGUUAACCCCGGUCAGUAUGGGUUGGUAGCUAUCAGCUCAUCAGAAGGUAGAAAUUUACCUUAUGGAAGAUUAGAAGAUAUCCUAAGUAGGGAUGUAUCAGCUUUAAAUUGCCAUACCAAUGAUGAUAAAAAUGCCUGGUUUGCAAUUGACUUAGGUCUGUGGGUGAUACCUACAGCUUACACACUACGUCAUGCCCGUGGUUAUGGUAGAUCAGCAUUGAGGAACUGGUUAUUCCAAGUCUCAAAAGAUGGACAUAAUUGGGUAACAUUGUAUACGCAUACAGAUGACUGUUCCCUGAAUGAACCGGGGUCCACUGCCACCUGGCCUAUUGACCCCUCAUCUGAUGAGAAGCAAGGAUGGAGGCAUAUCAGGUUACAGCAGAUGGGAAAAAACGCCAGUGGGCAGACCCAUUACUUGUCUUUAUCUGGCUUUGAACUUUAUGGAUCUGUGACUGGAGCUUGUGAAGAUCAACUUGGCAAAGCUGCAAAAGAAGCUGAAGCCAAUUUGAGGAGACAGCGGCGGUUGGUUAGAUCACAAGUUUUACGCCAAAUGACCGUUGGAGCACGUGUUGUACGUGGAAUGGAUUGGAAAUGGAGAGACCAAGAUGGCAAUCCAGCUCAAGAAGGCACUGUUACUGGUGAAUUACAUAAUGGUUGGGUUGAUGUCACCUGGGAUCACAACGGUUCCAACUCCUAUCGUAUGGGAGCUGAGGGCAAAUAUGACCUACAGUUGGCCCCAUCACAUGUGCCUAUUACUGAAGGAUCUUUGGGGCUAAGGAAUCUCAAAGUAGGAAAAACUGAGAUAACCACUACUGUGGGUAGCUCUAAUGUGAAAGGCAUAACUAGUUCUGGUCCGCUGGUCAGUAAAAAGAGCAGUUCAAGCCCAACACUUUGUGGUGAAGCUGAUGGACGUGGAGCCUCAAAGGAUUUUGUAUUGUCCAGUGAUGCUGCUGCAGUGGCUGUAGCAGAGGGAGUACUUGCAGCACUUAAUGUAUCAUCUGAAGGCGUAGCAGCUGCAGCACUCAGUGAAGUCCGAGCAUCAGCAUCUAUUUCAUCUGUUAGUGAUGCUGCCAGGAGAGCAGAGGAGAAGAGCAAAAAGAAUAAAGGUACAUUAGAAACCACUGUGUCUGAAGAUGCAAAGGAUGCUACAGGAGGACCUCCUACUUCUGCUACUAGCACUAGCAACAUGAGUGUAAGUGUGCCCAAUCUGAGCAGUCCUGCAGCCAAUCUUCUUGAGACGUUUGCUGCUGUGACUCGUCGUAGUAGUGGCAUGGUUGGUGGAGCCAGUAAUAACAUGAUGAGAAGUACUGGAGGAACUGCAGGAAGUCUUGGUAGACUACCAUUCACACCAGUGCCAUCUAACAUUGCAGCCAGCUUGUGUACAGGUCUUACCACCAGCUUGACCUCUUCCAGUGAGAGUGAUGACUUUUUGGAAAGUUGCAGAACUAGCACUCUUCUAGCUGAGCUAGAAGAUGAUGAUGAUCUGCCACCUGAUGAUGAUGACGAUGAUGAGAAUGAAGACGAAAAUGAAGAUGAUGAGGAGCUGUAUGAAGAAGUAUUGCAAGAAGAAGAAGAAUAUGACACAAGAGGUGGUAGAAGACGAACCUGGGAUGAUGAAUAUGUAUUGAAAAGACAGUUCUCUGCAUUAGUACCAGCAUUUGAUCCAAGACCUGGUAGAACAAAUGUACAACAGACAGUAGAUGUUGAAAUACCUUCUCCAGGUUCAGCAGAAGGUGCAUUUUGUGAUGAAUCAGAAACUUUACCCUCACCAAGACUAACUUUGUUUAUCAGAGGACCUGGCUUACCUGGGCUUGAAGACACUGAAGUCAAAUUGGGUGACUUAGAAUCUACAGUGUUUAAACAUGUACAGAAAUUGUAUACUAAAACCCUUAUUGGUACUAAGCAAGAUAGACUGAGGAGAAUAUGGGAACCAACUUAUGUUAUUACCUAUCGUGAGAUGAAACCAGAAGACAGUUCACCUGACUCCGAGAAUGCAGGGGGACGUUGGUCUAUAUCAUUUGUGGAAUUGCAUCUUGGGUCAGAUGAAUUGCCCAAAUCAGAACUUAUUACUUAUUUACAAAGGAAUGCAGACAUUCACUUCUUAAGAAGAUGGAAGUUGACUGGCACACCUAAGAAUAUCCGAAAAAACAGAAACUGUAGCCAACUAGUUGCAGCAUAUAAAGAGUUCUGUGGAAUCAGUUCCAAACCAUCAUCGCCCAAGCACAAACCAGUAGCUACAAGGUCUAGUCGAAUCUUGAGUGAAACUGAUAUGCCACAACCAAAGAACAGAACUGACCCAUCAGCCUGUACUGUAGAUGAUGUAUUACAGUUAUUGAGAUUACUGUAUGGUAUGGCUACAGAUGUCAGUAACAGACGCAGGGAAGGUGUACCUGUGCAUCAUUACAAUGUUUCAUUAGAGGAGUUCCAAAGCAAGAAGUUAACAACCAAAUUGCUGCAACAAGUACAGGAUCCACUGGUGCUAGCUAGUUUAGCUUUACCUGACUGGUGUGAGAAGUUGACCAAUAAAUGUCCAAUGCUCUUUCCAUUUGAGUCUCGUUCAUUGUUCUUCACAUGCACGGCAUACGGUGUGUCACGUGCGAUUGCCUGGCUACAAGACAAACGAGAUGCCACACUGGAAAGACAGAGAACACCGUCAUCACGUAGAGAUGACCAACAUGAGUACAGGGUGGGUAGACUGAAACAUGAGAGGGUUAAAGUACCACGUGGAGAGCAACUAGUAGAGUGGGCAACCAAUGUGAUGAAGUUUCAUGCCAAUAGUAAAUCAAUAUUAGAGGUUGAAUUUUUGAGUGAGGAAGGAACUGGCCUGGGUCCUACAUUAGAAUUCUAUGCACUUAUAGCAGCUGAAUUUCAGAGGAAAUCGAUGGGACUUUGGAUUUGUGAUGACGAGUUUGCUGAUGAUAUGGCUAGACAGGUGGAUAUUGGCCGUGGUACUAAACCUCCAGGGUAUUAUGUGCAACGUGCUAGUGGUCUAUUUACAGCUCCUCUACCUCAAGACAGUGAAGACACAGAUAGAGUCGUGCACAUUUUUUAUUUUCUUGGUAUUUUCUUAGCGAAAUGUUUGCAGGACAACCGUCUAGUGGAUAUACCUCUAUCUCGGCCGUUCCUUAAACUGAUGUGCAUGGGAGAGGCGGGUAGCAGUAUUCAUGAGCCAUACCUGGACUCCACCUUGCAUGAUUAUGACGGUACAUCUAACGAGAGCCUCUCUGAGGCUUCCACCGAUGAUUAUCAUGAACUGAUCUCCAGUAUUCCAGAUGAGGAUUCUAAAUCUGAGUUAAUCCUGGAUCCACCGAAAACCAAAUCUCCUGCAUGGUUUGCCGGAUUACUGACUUGGGAAGAUUUUGAGUUGAUCAAUCCUCAUCGUGCGAGGUUUUUGAAUCAAUUGAAAGAGCUGGUAGCCAGAAGAAAGAAGAUCCUCAUCGAUAAUACACUGACUGAAGAGGAGAGGAAUAAUCAGAUACAGAAUCUAUGUCUGGAAAACCUUGCUGGGUCGGGCCCUCCGGUUAAAUUGGAACAUCUUGGAUUGACCUUUCAGUUCAAUCCAUCCUCCAAGGUAUAUAGCUUCACUGUUGUAGAUCUGAAACCCAAUGGUGAAGAUGAAAUUGUGACAUUAGAAAAUGCUGAAGAAUACAUUGAGGCUAUAACAGAUUUCUGCCUUCAUACUGGAAUUCGAAGGCAAAUGGAAGCAUUCAGAAAUGGUUUUAAUGAUGUAUUCCCAAUGGAAAAACUGAAUUCCUUCAACCCAGCUGAAGUACAAACUAUGUUGUGUGGUGAUCAGACCCCUGAAUGGACCAGAGAUGAUAUCCUCAAUCACACAGAACCCAAACUAGGUUACACCCGAGAGAGCCCUGGAUUCCAGAGAUUUGUCAAUGUCAUGUGUUCCUUGGAUUCAGAUGAAAGAAAGUGUUUCCUACAGUUUACAACUGGCUGUUCGUCUCUGCCACCAGGUGGUCUAAUGAACUUGCAUCCACGUCUCACCAUUGUCAGAAAAGUGGACGCCAAUGACAACACUUAUCCCUCAGUCAAUACUUGCGUGCAUUAUCUAAAACUGCCUGAGUAUACCACUGAAGAGAUUAUGAAAGAGAAGCUUCUAGCUGCGACAAGCGAGAAAGGGUUCCACCUCAACUAGUAGUUGCAUCCUCUGCCUGUGUAUGGAAUAUAUGAAUAAAAACUUUGGCUGCUGCAAACCAUUUACUGAAAAUGGGUUGGGGGGUUUGAAAACUUGUGUAGUAAUCACAUACAAUUUAUUGAUGUUAUUUUUUAGUUUUUUUUGAAAUAUAUUUGCAAGUACUGCGAGUUAAAUGUAAUGAUUGAAUAACGAAUGAGGAAGUCUGAAAGGUGCUUUUUUUGUUGCUGUCUCAUUAAAAGCAGCAUUUGUGCAAUGUCUUUUGGCUCUUGUACAGUAUAAUGUUAGGGAUUGAUUUUUGUGGGAUUGGUUGGGAACGUAUUUUAGUUUUUACUAUAUUCUUUGAUAACCGUUUGAUUUAAAUAAUAUGCAUUGUGUGAUUCACAUGUGUAUAGCAUUGACAUUCAGAGCAAUACAUACCAGUAGAUAAGUACUGAACAGGCCCUUUUUAUUUUUUAUUGCACAACACUUAGGGCAAUUAAUUGGUGCAAUUGUUCUGGCUUCAAUGAGGGGGAGGUGGUGAAAUUGCUGGGUAACAAGAUUACAGAUGAACAGUACUUGAAUUUCCAGUUGGGAGAGUACCCAUUUUCAAAGUAAAAUUUGAUUAAGAUUACUAUAGGGAAAAUCUGUUGUUUUUUUUAGGCCAUAGCACUAAAAAUAAAUUUAUUAAAAAGUAUCAAGAGAGUGUCGUGGAGUGAAGCAAUACAGUGUCAUGAAAAUGAGAAAGACAAGACAGUUGUUUACAUUUAGAAUCAAAUGUACACUCAAUGGGGUAUUUACAGUGUUUUCAGCUGGGAGUUUAUGUUGGUCUGUUACUCAUUGAUACUUGACUACUACUCUAGAUUGAGGAAGUUUGUUUUAAAUGGGUUGAUGUACCUAUUCCUUCAGCUUUUGGUCUUAAAAAUGACACAUUUAAAACACAUGUUGCCAUUUAAAAUAAUUUGGAUUUAUUGACAAAUUUAAAUACGUUUUGCUGAGUAACUAGCAAUUUCUGAAAUAUACUGAAAACAUCUGACCUACUAAUUUUUGUUAUGACUGAGCUUAGAGCUUUUUGAAAACUUCCAAUCAUAAUAGAGAGAAAUAUUGUCAUAUUUAUUGUUGAACCAAAUGUUAGGCACAUCAACCCUGUUUACAGUACACUGGAAUUAAAGAAUAAUUUGUUUACUUUCCCCCCAGUUCUUAAGACAUUUUAAAGGAAACAUCAAGCCAAACAACAUUAUAAAUAACUCCUCAAGAA